CGACAGUACUCUUUCAAUCGAUUUGUACUUUGUAAAGUUCAUUGUAAAGGUAGAAAGACAGAAAAUCUCGUUGGCGUAUUCUUAUGUAUUUUGAUUCUUUUUCGUAAGUGAAUUCAAAUUUUUCAAAUUGUCAACUUGUUCUGAUGAAAUUCAUGACGUAAAUCAACAUUCGAUUUUCGAAAGUACGUCAUCUGCCGUGUGAAUUGUGAUCGUGCGCAGCGCGACGAUGUUGUCGAUUUUAUCCAUGAACUUUUCGAGAAAGCGUAUCGUGCGUGCGCUCAAAUCUACUUACGAAUUCCGAAGUCCGUGUGAAGAGCUCAAAGUGCGUCGUUCGCGCAUCGGGGGCGUCGGCGUAAAAUGUCAGCACAGCUAAGCAUGCAAGACAAGAAGGAUUUAGAGAAGUUUACCAAAUAUCUUGCGUUGAGGGCUGCCCAAGUCAUAGUGCAGUCAAGAUCGGGCCAGAAAGUCAACACCACGUGCAAGCCGGACUCAUCAGCUGGCGACUGGGUAAAAUUUAAUCUGGCAAUAAAAGAACUACCAGAAGUGUCAGCUGAUGCUAAAAGGGCACUAUGUGGAGAGAUAGUAAGCUCAGCUGUACCUCUAUGCAUAGAAAUUUCUCUAAAAACAGUAGAGGGUGAUAAGAUGGUUUUAGAAACUUGGAGUCUCAGCGUUUUGCCAGAGCAAAGUGAUCCGGCUAUACGAGUAACAUAUACUGUGUAUAACAGAAUGGGGAUUUUAUUGAAGUCCUUGCUUUCUGUAUCGAGAGUUACGCCUGCUUACAAAUUGAGCAGACGUCAAGGACCUGACUCCUAUACCAUGUGCUAUCGAAUAUACAUGGGAGAGCCUCAGCUACAUAAUUUAGGUGAUAACUAUAAACAUGUAAGAGUAGGUCAAUUGUGUACUCCAGUAGGUACUAUACAUCUAUCAGUUUCUUAUAGAACAAAAAUGACAAUAUCGCCCACUCAUAAGGGACGAGAUUCUAUCAUGCUUAAGAGCGAUCAUUUUCAUUCAGACUUAAGUCCGCGUCAUGCACGAUAUCAGCAAAGCGAAGAAACGUCAAAGUCACUUAGUGACACCAUCAAAGUUGGUGCAUUUGUGAUAAACAAGCCUGUUAUUGUCAAUGAGGAAGAUCUCGUGAUACCAGACGUACCAUUCAGUUCGCUAUUAACACCCAAACAAACGUCGCCUCCUCCAAUAUCACUAGUAGAACCUAAUUCGAAGACUACAAUGGCAGCUCUUACAACUGAUAGCAACAAUGGAAAUAACGAGAGACUUAAUAAUGAUAAUACAACUUCGAAAUGCGCAUCCCAAAACGGAUCUAGAAGGAGUAGUUGUUCAAUGACUAGCGCCAACGAUGAUUUUAUUAUGGUAGAUUUGAAAACUCCAUUCGCUGUCACGAAUACCAAUAGCGAUGUAGGAGCGUUUUAUCGAGAGUGUCAAAGCGCUCCACAAUUGCAAGCCUUUAUGGAAGAAAGGACACUUGCGGAACAAUUGGGAGAUCUCACUAAACAAUUGGAAACAUUUGAGACAAACAUGCAACACUACGAGGACUUUUUGUCAUCUUUGUAUCACACAGAAAAUAAUAAUUAAAGUUAGAGAGUCUGCAGAUAAGACCGAUUUAAACAAAGAUUUGAUUGUACACUUUUGUGUAUAAAUCAGUUAUAGUGGAUGUACAUUAAAUGAACAAUGUGAAUAUUUCAUUUCCUGUGCUGAUUUUUUUCAUGUUUGUAAUAAAUAUUUAGAUAAAUUUGGUAUUUUCUGCAUGUGCAAUGCAACUACGAUAAAGAUGUCUGACGAUUACUGCAUGUUUUUUUUUAUUAUAAUCUAAUUUGUCCUUUGUAGUCACUGGGGGUACAGGGAACUAUAGAAGAUAUCACGUAUUAAUGGAUCCAUACGAAACUAAUAAGGAUCAACAAUAAAAAAAGCAUAACGUUUUCCUUUUAAUUUACUGAUAAGAAAUAGAACGUAUAUUCAUGUUUGGACUUUGUCUA